CGAAUAUUAAUAGCACAAAUUUCGUCAUAGAAAAUAGACGCUCUCUUACUUUACUCUAAGCGUAGGGUUUUACGCGCACACAAAACCCUAACCACACCAGUAUAGCGUUGCUCCAGUAUAAGUGCAGUAGAAUGGCGGGUGCUCGAGAAAUUACUGCAGCAACAGAAUUCUUGCGUGGCACUCAUAGGCAGUCUCUGUUUGUACACGGAGACUUGCCUAUUAAUCGACGAAACCAGUUGCUGUGGGGGACGCUUCGUAAUCAUAAGAUUGCAUUUGGUGUAUCUAAUAAAAGGGGUGUUUCGUUGAGAUGUCGUGCUCAAUCAAAGCCUAGAGCUUUCAUUUCCGGGGCUGGGACAAGUUCUGUUGAUGAGCAAUCAAGUUUUAUUGAAAAGCCUGUGCAAGAACUAAUUCAUUUCUAUCGCAUUCCAUUGAUUCAAGAGAGUGCAACUCUUGAAUUACUUAAGUCUGCUCAAACGAAAGUUUCUAACAAGAUUGUUGGUUUACAAACUGAGCAGUGUUUUAAUAUCGGUAUUCAGUCUGGGGUCUCGAGCCAGAAGCUUGGGUGUCUUAGGUGGCUUCUCCAAGAAACUUAUGAGCCAGAGAAUUUGGGGAUUGAAAGCUUUCUUGAGAAGAAGACGAAGGAAGGAGUGAAUGCUGUGAUAGUUGAGGUGGGGCCUAGAUUGUCUUUUACCACAGCUUGGUCUGCUAAUGCUGUAUCAAUUUGCCGUGCUUGUGGGUUGACAGAGGUGACUAGACUGGAACGGUCGAGAAGGUACUUGUUGUACAGCAAAGGCGUGUUGCCAGAUUAUCAAAUCAAUGAGUUUGCUGCAAUGGUUCAUGAUCGGAUGACUGAGGGUGUUUAUACUCAGAAGCUUACAUCUUUUGAAACCAGUGUAGUUCCAGAGGAAGUUCGACAUGUUCCUGUUAUGGAGAGGGGGAGAAAAGCGUUGGAGGAGAUCAAUCAGGAGAUGGGGCUUGCUUUUGAUGAGCAAGAUUUACAAUAUUAUACUAGGUUGUUCAGGGAGGACAUCAAGCGGAAUCCGACAACCGUGGAAUUGUUUGACAUUGCACAAUCUAAUAGCGAGCACAGCAGGCACUGGUUUUUCACUGGGAAGAUUGUUAUAGAUGGACAGCCCAUGGAUAGAACUCUUAUGCAAAUCGUAAAGAGCACUUUGCAGGUGAAUCCAAAUAAUUCUGUCAUUGGUUUCAAGGACAACUCGAGUGCAAUCAAAGGCUUCCCUGUAAAGCAAUUGCGGCCAGUUCAGCCUGGCUUGACAUGCCCCUUAAAUGUAACUGACCGUGACCUUGAUAUCUUAUUUACAGCUGAAACUCAUAAUUUCCCAUGUGCAGUGGCACCUUACCCCGGGGCAGAGACCGGUGCAGGGGGUCGAAUCAGGGAUACCCAUGCAACUGGUAGGGGGUCAUUUGUUGUUGCAUCUACAGCUGGUUACUGUGUUGGGAAUCUGAACAUCGAGGGGUCUUAUGCCCCAUGGGAAGAUAAUUCUUUUGCAUACCCAUCAAACUUGGCAUCGCCUUUGCAGAUUCUUAUUGAUGCCAGCAAUGGCGCAUCAGAUUAUGGAAACAAAUUUGGGGAGCCCUUGAUUCAGGGCUACACUAGAACUUUCGGGAUGCGACUUCCUAGUGGGGAGAGGCGGGAAUGGUUGAAGCCAAUUAUGUUCAGUGGAGGCAUUGGGCAAAUUGAUCACACCCACAUAACGAAAGGGGAACCUGAUAUUGGCAUGCUGGUUGUAAAGAUUGGAGGUCCUGCUUAUCGAAUUGGAAUGGGAGGUGGGGCCGCAUCAAGCAUGGUGAGUGGCCAGAAUGAUGCAGAUCUUGACUUUAAUGCUGUACAGCGUGGAGAUGCUGAGAUGGCACAGAAACUGUAUCGUGUUGUUCGUUCCUGCAUCGAGAUGGGUGAGGAUAAUCCAAUCAUCAGUAUCCAUGAUCAGGGAGCUGGUGGUAACUGUAAUGUUGUUAAGGAAAUUAUAUAUCCAAAGGGUGCUCAAAUUGACAUCAGGGCAAUUGUUAUUGGUGAUCACACAAUGUCUGUUUUGGAGAUUUGGGGCGCAGAGUAUCAGGAGCAAGAUGCAAUUUUGGUGAAGGCUGAAAGCCGUGACCUCUUACAAUCAAUCUGCAAAAGGGAAAGGGUGUCGAUGGCUGUUAUUGGAACAAUUAGUGGUGAGGGACGUGUUGUUUUGGUUGAUAGUUCAGCUAUUGAGAAAUGUCGUGCAAAUGGACUCCCUCCUCCUCCUCCUGCUGUGGAUCUUGAGCUUGAGAAAGUUCUUGGAGACAUGCCUCAGAAAAGUUUUGAGUUUAAUCGGGUGGUUCCAGCACGAGAGCCACUUGAUAUUGCUCCAGGGAUCACUGUGAUGGAUGCUUUAAAGAGAGUAUUAAGACUUCCAUCUGUAUGUUCGAAACGUUUCCUGACAACAAAAGUGGAUAGGUGUGUCACAGGUCUUGUAGCACAACAGCAAACUGUUGGUCCUUUGCAAAUUACACUUGCUGAUGUUGCUGUCAUUGCACAGACUUACACUAACUUGACUGGAGGUGCCUGUGCCAUUGGGGAACAACCUAUCAAAGGUCUGGUUAAUCCGAAGGCAAUGGCCAGACUGGCUGUUGGAGAAGCUCUCACUAAUCUGGUUUGGGCAAAGGUUACUUGUCUUUCUGAUGUCAAGGCAAGUGGGAAUUGGAUGUACGCUGCCAAGCUGGAUGGGGAAGGAGCUGACAUGUAUGAUGCUGCCACAGCUCUUUCAGAAGCUAUGAUUGAACUUGGCAUUGCUAUUGAUGGGGGCAAGGACAGUCUUUCCAUGGCAGCCCAUGCAGGUGGUGAGGUUGUUAAGGCCCCGGGAAAUCUUGUCAUCAGUGCAUAUGUCACUUGCCCUGACAUAACAAAAACAGUAACCCCUGAUCUGAAGCUAGGAGAUGAGGGUGUACUGCUUCACAUUGAUUUGGCCAAUGGAAAGAGGCGGCUGGGUGGAUCUGCACUUGCUCAGGCUUUUGGUCAAGUUGGUGAUGACUGCCCAGACCUAGACGAUGUUUCUUACCUGAAAAAAACUUUUGAGUGUGUCCAGGAUCUUAUUUCAGAUGAAAUAAUCUCUUCUGGCCAUGAUAUUAGUGAUGGUGGGCUACUUGUCUGUGCCCUGGAGAUGGCAUUUGCUGGGAAUUAUGGUAUUCUUUUGGACUUGACUUCGAAAAGGGAGAGCCACUUUGAAACACUCUUUGCAGAAGAGCUUGGUCUUGUUCUUGAAGUUAGCAGAAAGAACUUGGAUAUUGUAAUGCAAAAGCUCUACAGUGCUGGGGUUUCUGCCGAGAUCAUUGGACAAGUGACUGCCUCACCCUUGAUAGAAUUGAAAGUUGAUGGGGUAACUUGCUUGAAGGAGGAAACCUCUUUCCUUAGAGACACUUGGGAGGAAACCAGUUUCCAUCUGGAGAAGUUUCAAAGAUUAGCUUCUUGUGUGGACUUAGAGAAGGAAGGUUUGAAGUCUAGGCAUGAACCUACCUGGAGAAUGUCCUUCACUCCUUCUUUUACAGAUGAGAAAUAUAUGGUUGCAACUUUGAAACCAAAAGUAGCUGUCAUUCGAGAGGAAGGUAGCAAUGGAGAUAGAGAGAUGUCUGCAGCUUUUUAUGCUGCUGGUUUUGAACCCUGGGAUCUUACAAUGUCAGACCUUCUGAAUGGAGUUAUCUCUCUAUGUGAUUUCCGUGGUAUUGUGUUUGUGGGUGGCUUUAGCUAUGCCGACGUGCUUGAUUCUGCAAAAGGCUGGUCUGCUUCCAUACGAUUUAACGAGCCUCUUUUGAAUCAAUUUCAAGAGUUUUAUAGGCGGCCUGAUACUUUUAGUCUUGGUGUUUGCAAUGGGUGUCAGCUCAUGGCUCUAUUGGGGUGGGUCCCAGGCCCCCAAGUUGGGGGUGUGUUUGGUGCUGGAGGGGACCCAGCACAACCAAGGUUUGUUCACAAUGAAUCUGGUCGGUUUGAAUGCCGCUUUACAAGUGUGACAAUAGAGGACUCGCCUGCUAUCAUGUUCAAAGGAAUGGAGGGCAGCACAUUGGGUGUAUGGGCUGCUCAUGGUGAGGGAAGAGCAUAUUUUCCUGAUGAUGGCGUUCUUGAUCGAGUGAUUCAUUCAAACUUGGCCCCAGUAAGAUAUUGUGAUGAUGAUGGGAAUCCAACAGAAGUUUACCCUUUCAAUGUCAAUGGCUCUCCUUUAGGAGUCGCAGCAAUUUGUUCUCCUGAUGGGAGGCAUCUUGCAAUGAUGCCUCAUCCUGAGCGUUGCUUCUUGAUGUGGCAGUUCCCUUGGUACCCCACACAGUGGAAUGUGGACAAGAAAGGCCCUAGCCCAUGGUUAAGGAUGUUCCAGAAUGCCAGAGAAUGGUGCUCUUGAGACAGACCUCUAAUGAGGAUGGUUUCAUUGUUAAUUAAGGCUCGUAGAGCAUUUUGAAGUCAGGUGUUGGAUUUGCUUCUCUGAUCAAAUCCAAGUAUCUCCAAGGUUUCAAACUUUUUCUUCAAUUUUAUCUGCCAACUUUGUUCAAAUCUAAGUAUCUACGAGGUUUCAAACUUUUUCCUCAGUUUUAUCUGCCAAAACUACACAGAAGUUUGAGUGGAUGUGGGGUUCACAGGUUUUUUGGUUUCAUGUUGUUCCCUUAACUAUGUUCUGACUUCCAUCCCUUUGUAUUGUUGUUACAGUACUAAAUGAGCAAUGCAUGAAGAAUUUUUACUAUUAAUGGAAAUUUUAUUUUUUUGGCCA